AUUACACGAAGGAAUGUUGUUGUUUACGUUUCGAAGUAGUUUAUUUACUAUGUUUGAUUUUUUAGGCUGUGAUGUGAUUUCUCCCAGUCUGCCUAUUUAAUUAUACCCUAAUGCCUAACAAAUAAUUCGAAUUAACCUUCUGGUCAAUUAACCCCAUUCUCAUUUAAAAAUUUAGCAAUAAUGAAUUUUAUUAGGGCAUCAAUUGAAAUAUCAAGCGCCUUCUCCCCAGUGUCCAAGUGGAAAAUUCCUGGAAAAUAUUUAAGCACAUUCCAAUACCCUAUAGAUUAUGAGUUUAUCCAAAGGAGCCCCAUUCCCACAAUGCACUUUCAGUACUCCUUACCACAUCUUCCCAUCCCCAAGCUAGACCUGACAUGUGAACGCUAUUUGGCCGCCCAAAGGCCCCUUCUGAUCGAUGAGGCUUACAGAAAGGCAGAGAGCACGGUAAACCAUUUCAAAACUGGCACUGGCAAACAAUUGCAAACGAUUCUAAAAAAGACUGACCGAGAAAAUAGAGAUUCAAGUUACAUCUCAGAUCUUUGGUUCGAUCAGUCUUUACGAGACCGAAAGCCUUUGCCCAUUAACUACAAUCCUAUGCUAGUAAUGCAGAAUGAUUGGCGACAUGAGUACAAUAAUCAGCUUAUCAGAAGUACCAAUUUGAUAAUAAGUAGUGUAAGAUUCUACAAGUCCUUAAAAUUCAACCUGCUUGAACCGGAGGUUUACCAUUUGAAUCCAAUGAGAAGUAACUCAGACUCGUUUAUAAAUAUCUGCAGUUCGCUACCUGAAUCACUAAGCUGGCAUGGGGCGUAUUUGUUCAAAGCAUACCCAUUGGACAUGUCUCAAUAUCCUAGUCUAUUUAACUCUACAAGAGUACCAGAAACCGAUAGAGACAGACUGAUUAAGAACCUUCCAGGAAAUCACAUAACUGUGCAAAGUAAAGGCCACUUUUAUGCCUUCUCAGUCAUGGAUCAGUAUGGUGACAUACUGAAGCCGGAGAAAAUUCUGGCCAGGCUCAAAUUCAUCAUGGAAGAUGAUAUAGAGAACAACGAAUUUCCUGUUGGAAUCCUCACUACACUGGAGAGAAACCAGUGGGCUACGUUGAGACAUGAACUAGGAGAUAAUGGAAAUGAGACUGGCUUAAAACUAAUAGACUCUGCUUUAUUUAACGUAUGUCUGGACGAUGUUUCAUUGGAUGGAGAUGUGUAUGCCACAAUCAGGAAUUUUUUGCAUGGAGACGGAAAAAAUAGGUGGUUUGACAAAUCUUUUUCAAUACAAGUGAGUAAAGAUGGGAUGGCUGCUGUAAAUUUCGAGCACUCCUGGGGAGACGGAGUCGCUACUUUGAGAUAUGUUCAAGAUAUAUAUAAAGAUUCCACAGAACAUCCGUUUGUCCACCCAAAUACUGCACCAUAUGAUGAUAAUAUUAGCAACGUUAUAAGGCUGGAUUUUCAUCUAACUGAUAAGCUUAAAUGUAGCAUUGAAGAAGCGAAGGCAGACUACAAGCACUAUUGCCGAGCUUUGGAUAUAGAUUAUCUUAUUUUUGAUCGUGUAGGGAAGAAUAUAUGCAAAAAGCAGGCAGUAAGCCCAGAUGCAGUAAUGCAGUUAGGGUUUCAAAUCGCAUAUCAUAAGAUGACAGGAAAAUUUGUCCCCACAUAUGAAUCGUGCAGUACUGCAGCAUUUCGACAUGGUCGUACUGAGCUAGUGCGUCCAUGUACAACUUUAUCAAAGGCGUUCACUUUAGCGAUAAAUUGCAAAAGCCUCUACCAACCCACCAUUAGCGAGUUGAAAAUGAUGAUCGGAGACUGUUCUAGACAUCACAACCAGUUGACUAGAGAAGCAGCGAUGGGACAAGGCUUUGAUAGGCACCUUUUUGCCUUGAAAAAUAUUUCGGAUCAAUCCAAUUUGUAUUGCAAUAUGUUCCAAGAUCCAUAUUAUGUUCAUUUGAAUCAUACCAUUCUCUGUACCAGCACCUUGAGCUCUCCUGCUGUUUAUGCAGGCGGGUUUGGGCCUGCCGAACGAAACGGACUUGGCGUGGCAUACAUUAUCAGGGAUGAUGAACUGGGAGUUCUGGUGACCAGCUAUCCAUCGUAUCAAAACGGGUCAGAUUUUAUUAGCGCAUUAAGAGAAGCUUUCGCUGAGCUGGUGAAUAUUUUGGAUAAAGACUAAAACUAAUGGCUUAUUUAAGACAGUUUAUUAAUUGGGGUUUCAACAUGUAUUAUUAUUUCGCAAAAAAUGUUAAGCUGUGAAGGGUACAAGUCUGUGCAAACCGUUUUUUUUUGGGAGAAAAGUGUAUGGGACCAGUUGGUGAAAAUUUACACAUUUUCUGAUAUAUGUUAGUCACUAAACUGGAAACGGGUAGAUAGAAAAGUAUUUUUAAAAGCAAUUUAUUUGCAUAUUUUCGCAAUUUAGCGACUCAGCUUCAAGGAAAUAAUAAUGUUACAUAACUCAUUUCCAUAGCUAUUAUUAUUAUAUAUUUUUUUGUACUAACAGUGGUUUAAAUAUAUAUUUUUGUAAUGAA